ACACGGUAUAUAAUAGAGAUAGUCCUCAACUUGCAACCAUUUGUUGAGCAACCAUUCAAAAUUAUGUUGGUGCUAUACAAGGGGACUUACAAUAGGUACACAAAGUUGUGGCCAUCAUAGAAUCCCUGUGGUCAGGUGAUCAUGAUUGCUGACCUGCAGGUGUUCCCCGUUCUCCACUCAUAGCACCCAUGCAUCCUCUAUACCAGGGGUGUCAAACUCAUGGUCUGUGGGCCGGAUGCACUAUGCACUGGCCACGCCCACCUCUGUUUUAACGAAGGGAAAAAAGUCAUGGUACGUCCUGUGAUGACAAAGUGACAGUGCAAGUUUGACACCCCUUCUCUAUACUCUUUUAUGUGGGACUGCAUCUUUUUCCUGCUGAACAACCUACUAGUAACAACUAUCAACAUCAGUUCUUAUUUAUGCUUCCAAAAAUGAUUCCUGUCAAUAAUUUUCAGGUGCAAUUUAUCUGCAUUUAAUUGGUAUUUUAGGAGAAAGUAAUAGAGAGUUGCUUGAAUGUUUAUGAAAAGAUGAAAAACGAUAACAUUCUGUUUGACUUUUGUGAACGUAUUGAAAAACUCUAUUGCCCUCAUAUAUUGACGUAACACCAUCUCUCAAAAAGAACAUAUCAUUUCUCUCAGAAUAUUGUUGCUUCCCAUCCUGAAUUAACAUUGCAUAUUAUAGAUACAAUUUCAAAUCUAUGACAUUGUUCAUGAAACUCAGUAUGAAGCUUUAAGGAAAUCACUGCCUUUAUCAUAGCACCCAGAGUGUAAUGUAUGUAGCAUCCCAAAAGGUAACAUUGCUGAAAAAUACUAUGUGAAAGCUUAUGUUUACUGAAUAUUCUUGUUUUCAUAUUUUGCUCUUCCAUAUCUUCACCAAUGUCUUAACAUGCUAGCCUCUUGCUUCUUUUUCAUCUUUGUUUCUUUUGUUGCUUGUGUUUCAAUGUAUAUUGUGUUAUAUUGGCCUGGUUAAAGAACCGUUACCGUAUUUUAUGUUUGUAUCUAUAUUUUAUUUUGCAUGCUUAACGUGGCUUUGCCUGGAUAUUCUUUUUGCAACAGUUAGCUCAGCUGCAAAAAGAGAAAUCAGAAAUUCUGAAGAAUCUGGCUUUAUAUUACUUCACUUUUGUUGAUGUUAUGGAAUUUAAGGAUCAUGUCUGUGAACUAUUGAAUACUAUUGAUGUUUGCCAAGUCUUCUUUGAUAUUACUGUAAACUUUGAUUUAACAAAGAACUAUCUAGACUUAAUCAUAACCUACACAACAUUAAUGAUAUUGCUGUCUCGGAUUGAAGAACGGAAAGCCAUCAUAGGAUUGUACAACUAUGCUCAUGAAAUGACACAUGGAGCAAGUGAUAGAGAGUACCCACGUCUUGGCCAGAUGAUUGUGGAUUAUGAGAAUCCAUUAAAGAAAAUGAUGGAAGAAUUUGUACCACAUAGUAAAGCUCUUUCAGAUGCCCUAAUCUCACUUCAGAUGGUCUAUCCUCGUCGGAACCUUUCAGCUGAUCAGUGGAGAAAUGCUCAGCUCUUGAGCCUCAUCAGUGCUCCCAGCACAAUGCUUAAUCCUGCACAGUCAGACACAAUGCCAUGUGAAUAUCUCUCUCUGGAUACAAUGGAAAAAUGGAUAAUUUUUGGAUUUAUUUUGUGCCACGGAAUCCUGAAUAAUGACACAACAGCUUUGACUCUUUGGAAACUCGCUCUUCAAAGCAGCUCUUGCUUGGCACUCUUUCGGGAUGAAGUUUUUCAUAUUCAUAAGGCUGCUGAAGAUUUAUUUGUAAACAUAAGAGGCUAUAACAAGCGUAUAAAUGACAUAAGAGAGUGCAAGGAAGCUGCUGUAUCACAUGCGGGUUCAAUGCACAGAGAACGGCGCAAGUUUUUACGGUCUGCACUAAAAGAGCUAGCCACUGUCCUAUCAGAUCAGCCAGGACUUUUAGGUCCCAAGGCCCUGUUUGUAUUUAUGGCACUAUCCUUUGCUCGUGAUGAAAUUAUUUGGCUGCUUCGACAUGCUGAUAACAUGCCUAAGAAAAGCACGGAUGAUUUCAUAGAUAAGCACAUAGCAGAACUGAUUUUCUACAUGGAAGAGCUUAGAGCACACGUACGAAAAUAUGGCCCAGUGAUGCAAAGAUAUUAUGUUCAAUAUCUAUCAGGUUUUGAUGCAGUUGUUUUAAAUGAACUUGUACAGAAUCUUUCAGUGUGCCCUGAAGAUGAAUCCAUCAUUAUGUCCUCUUUUGUAAACACUAUGACCUCCUUGAGUGUGAAACAAGUUGAAGAUGGAGAGGUAUUUGACUUCAGAGGAAUGAGGCUUGAUUGGUUUAGAUUACAGGCUUAUACUAGUGUGUCCAAGGCUUCACUUAGUCUUGCUGACCACAGAGAACUUGGAAAGAUGAUGAAUACAAUAAUUUUCCACACAAAAAUGGUAGACUCUUUGGUUGAAAUGUUGGUUGAAACAUCAGAUCUUUCUAUAUUUUGUUUUUACAGUCGUGCUUUUGAGAAGAUGUUUCAGCAGUGCUUGGAAUUGCCCUCCCAGUCCAGAUAUUCAAUUGCAUUUCCGCUGCUUUGCACUCACUUUAUGAGCUGUACCCAUGAACUGUGCCCAGAAGAGAGACACCACAUUGGUGAUCGCAGUCUCUCCUUGUGUAACAUGUUUUUGGAUGAAAUGGCUAAACAGGCUCGGAAUCUUAUCACAGAUAUUUGUACAGAGCAAUGUACCCUAAGUGACCAGUUACUGCCAAAACAUUGUGCCAAAACCAUUAGCCAAGCAGUGAACAAAAAGUCAAAGAAACAGACGGGUAAGAAAGGAGAACCAGAAAGAGAAAAACCAGGAGUAGAAAGCAUGAGAAAAAAUAGGCUGGUAGUGACCAACCUGGACAAAUUGCACACAGCACUUUCUGAACUCUGCUUUUCUAUCAAUUACGUUCCAAACAUGAUCGUAUGGGAACACACCUUUACCCCAAGGGAGUAUUUAACAUCUCACUUGGAAAUUCGUUUUACCAAGUCAAUUGUUGGGAUGACAAUGUAUAAUCAGGCAACACAAGAAAUUGCAAAACCUUCAGAAUUGUUAACGAGUGUCAGAGCUUAUAUGACAGUGCUCCAGUCAAUAGAAAAUUAUGUACAGAUUGACAUCACAAGAGUGUUUAAUAAUGUCCUUCUUCAGCAAACCCAGCAUUUAGAUAGCCACGGGGAGCCAACCAUCACCAGUCUAUACACAAAUUGGUAUCUGGAAACUUUGCUACGGCAAGUCAGUAAUGGACAUAUAGCUUAUUUCCCUGCGAUGAAGGCAUUUGUCAACUUGCCUACCGAAAAUGAGCUGACAUUUAAUGCAGAAGAAUAUUCAGACAUCUCAGAAAUGAGAGCCCUAUCAGAACUCCUUGGUCCAUAUGGUAUGAAGUUCUUAAGUGAAAGUCUUAUGUGGCAUAUUUCCUCACAGGUUGCUGAACUCAAGAAACUUGUGGUUGAGAAUGUUGAAGUCCUAACACAAAUGAGGACCAGUUUUGAUAAACCAGAUCAGAUGGCAGCUCUCUUCAAAAGAUUGUCAUCUGUUGAUAGUGUUUUGAAGAGGAUGACUAUUAUUGGUGUUAUUUUAUCAUUCCGAUCACUUGCACAAGAAGCGCUUAGGGAUGUUUUAUCCUAUCACAUUCCUUUCCUUGUGAGUUCAAUUGAAGACUUUAAGGACCACAUUCCAAGAGAGACCGAUAUGAAGGUUGCAAUGAAUGUAUAUGAGCUCUCAUCAGCUGCAGGACUCCCAUGUGAAAUAGAUCCUGCCCUGGUUGUAGCUCUUUCUUCUCAAAAAUCAGGCAAGAUUAUAAAUCACAUGGAUAAAAAUAUUAGUCCAGAGGAGGAAUAUAAAAUUGCUUGCCUUCUGAUGGUCUUUGUGGCAGUCUCCUUACCAACUUUGGCUAGUAAUGUGAUGUCUCAAUACAGUCCUGCCAUUGAAGGCCACUGUAACAAUAUCCAUUGCCUGGCAAAAGCAAUCAAUCAGAUUGCUGCAGCCUUAUUUACCAUUCACAAGGGAAGCAUUGAAGAUCGUCUCAAAGAAUUUUUGGCUCUUGCCUCCUCCAGUCUACUAAAAAUUGGCCAGGAGACAGACAAAACCACUACAAGGAACAGAGAAUCUGUUUAUUUACUUCUUGACAUGAUUGUGCAGGAGUCUCCCUUCCUGACUAUGGAUCUUCUGGAGUCCUGCUUUCCAUACGUCUUGCUACGGAAUGCAUACCAUGCUGUGUACAAGCAAAGUGUCACAUCCUCUGCCUGAAUAUCUACUUAUCUGGAGAUCAAUUAAGCACGUCUAUCUGUUGCCUCAGUUUUACUUGUAAACUGUGGAGCUGUUUUUACUUUAUGGCCUGGCAGAGUUUUGUGGAUUCUAAACUUUUUCCCAAUGCAGUUGUAUUUCUGACCAGUGGUUUCUUAAUAUGGUUGUAUUACAAUAUAAGCUUGGCUGAUUUUAGGUUGCACAUUUGCUGAAAUUAUUCCUCUUUUUUUUUCUUCUUUUUUGAGUCUCAAAUUCUGUUCAAAAGAGAAAUGCUGAAGUUAUGGGUUUUUUCAUAUUUGAUCAUGCAGAAAUCAUAAUGGCUUGUUUAUCUCCAUGAAGAACUCUAUUUAGUGAUUAUUUUAGUGUUCCUAGUUUUCAUCUGUGUGUAAAUUAUUUCAUACAGGGAGAAUUUACAACCUGUACCUAUUGUUCUUAUCAGAAAUAAGAUCUGGAUGUGCAUUUCUGUGAACUACAACAUUUUUACUUUAUUUUUUGAAACACUCACUCAGAUUAAUGACAGAUGCUAUCUAAUAUUUUAAAAAGAAGUUAUAGGAUUGCUUAUCCUUAAACAAUCUUCUCCAUACAAUCUGAAAUGAGAAAAAGUGAUUUUGUUUGUACAAAGCCUACAUAGUGAAAUUUUUUAAGACUAAUGUCCAUGGUGCCCCAUUGGCAUUAACACUACAUUGUAACCUCCUGUAUAAUAAACAUUCUUAUGCAUUUAUCAAAUGUUGAUAAAAUGUUAGCCCUUAACCACUUUUUAUAUGUUUUAAAUUUUUGAAAUUCAAGUGUAUCUUCCAUUACAUACAAUAAACACUACACUGAAAUGUG